AUGGAAAGUGCAUGUACUUUUAUGAGACGGAAGGAAUAUCUAAUUAAUGUGGAUGUAUCCUCUCUCUUUUAUUACAGUAGCAAAAAGAAGGAAGUUUUGAAAUCAGCAGAGCUGGCUGAAGAAGAAGAAGAAGAGAGAUUGGCAUUACUGAUCAAAAAAUGUCCCAACAUGAGAGUUCUCGAUCAAAUCCACGCCCAAAUUCUCACUCAUCCCCACUUCUCUCCCUCCACCAACGCUUUCUCUCUCUCCAAAAUCCUCUGCUUCGCCGCCUACAAAAACGCCCAUUACGCCAAGCGCCUCCUCUUCCACCUCCGCUGCCCUAACAUCUUUGCCUACAACACUGUUAUGCGAGGAUUCCUGCAGCAUACCCCCUCCCCGGAGCCGAUUCUCCUCUUCCGGAGAUUGAUUAGGUCCAAAUCCCCGGCGUCGAACACCUUCACUUUCGCCUUCGUCUUCAAAUCCUGCUCGAUUCUGGCGGCGUUUGAUGAGGGCCGCCAGGUGCACAAGCACGCGAUUGCGUCUGGAUUGGGGGAGAAUUUGUUUGUUCAGACGUCGUUGCUCAAUUUCUACACGAAAUGCGAGGAGGUGGAUUUGGGGCGGAAGGUGUUUGAUGAAAUGUCUGACAGAAAUGUGGUGGCGUGGAGUGCGAUGAUUGGGGGUUAUGCUAGGGUUGGGAAGGUCAAUGAGGCUUUGGAGUUGUUUAGGGCGAUGCAGAAAGGCGGGGUGGAGCCGGAUGAGGUGACGAUGGUGAGUGUGAUCUCUGCUUGUGCGAUGACUGGGGCGCUUGAUUUGGGGAAAUGGCUGCAUAUGUUUAUUGAUAAGAAUGGGAUUAAGAAUGACCUUGAGGUGAGCACGGCGCUUGUGAGUAUGUACGCCAAGUGUGGGUGCAUUGAGAAGGCGCGGGCUGUUUUUGAGGCGAUGCCGGUUAGGGAUGCAAAGGCGUGGAGCUCUAUGAUUGUUGGAUUUGCCAUCACGGGGAUGGCGAAGGAAGCGUUGGAUUUGUUUGAGAGAAUGGGGGAAGCUCAGGUUGAGCCUAACCAUGUGACGCUUAUUGGAGUGUUAUCGGCAUGUGCUCAUGGUGGGCUUGUAGCCGAGGGGAGAAAGUAUUGGUCGAGCAUGCUUAACUGUGGGAUGGAGCCGUCUAUGGAGCAUUACGGCUGCAUGGUUGAUCUAUUUUGUCGCGCAAACAAGGCAGAAGAGGCAUACGAAUUUGUGGCAAGCAUGCCCAUUGCUCCUAACCCAGCAAUAUGGCGGACAUUGGUGGUUAGUUUCAAGAAGAACAAGAUGUUCCACAAAGGCGAAGAAGUAGCAAAGCAGCUUAUUCAGUUAGAGCCACAUAACGCAGAGAAUUAUAUACUGCUUUCGAGCUUGUAUGCUUCUAUGUCAGAUUGGGUUAAGAUGAGUAGCGUUAGAAGGCAGAUGAGAGACAGAAGAAUCAAAGCUGUGCCAGGGUGCAGCUCCAUUGAAAUCAACGGACAUGUGCAUGAGUUUGUGGUGGGCGAUUGGUCCCAUCCUGAAGCUAAGGCCAUAACUGAGUUCAUACGCGAAGUUUCGGGGAGGGUUCAGGCCAGCGGGCAUGAACCAUGGAUUGCGUCUGUUUUGCAAAAUGUUGGUGACGAGGAGAAGCUGGGAGCUCUCUGGGAGCACAGCGAGAGGUUGGCCAUUGCAUACGGUCUGUUGAAGACAAAGGCGCCAGUAACUAUUAGAGUAGUGAAGAACCUUAGGGUCUGCGAAGACUGCCAUGAAGUGACAAAGACUAUAAGCAAGUUGUACAAUCGGGAAAUCGUCGUUCGGGAUAGAAUUAGGUUCCACAAGUUUGCCAAUGGAGUCUGCUCUUGCCAAGAUUUCUGGUGAACUUCAUUCAUUGUUUGAUCUCUAGAUUCUUGGCUCUCAAUUCAGAAUAGAAGUUUUGGAUCACAUUCACUGA